CCUUAUAUGAUGAUUUUUUUCUGAGUCUAAAACAGGCUAUGGGUUCUGUUCAUCCAUAUUUUCACUAUAAUAUAGAGGAAAAGGGAAUACAAAAGCAAACACUGGCUCCACAAGAGUUUUGAGAUUUGGGAGCUGGUUGGAAAUGGAAAGCAAACAGUGAAAACGAGAUGGAUUACCAGGGUGCAAAAGGUUAACAUGUACAGCUGUUAACUGGAAGGUUGGUGGUUGGAGUCUACCCAGAGGCUCCUCAGAAGAAGGGCCUGGUGAUCUACUUCUAAAAAAUCAGCCAUUGAAAUCACUAUGGAACAGAGUUCUAUUCUGACACACAUGGGGUUGCCAUGAGUUGGAAUUGACAGCAACUGGUGGUUCCUGUCUCAAUUAAAACCUGGAACUAACUUAAUGCUCAAAGUGUGUUGAGUUGGUGGUAGUGACUGUAGUGAUGCUGGUGCCUGAUGGGAGUGGUGGUGGUUCAGUGAAGAACCAAUGUGGACAUAACACCUCCGAGGUUACAUAUUGACAUGGCAGAGGGAAGCCCCCCCAAAAGUUAUUUUAAGUUACUGUGAACUGACCAUGUAUACUUCUACUCUAGCAUUUUCAUCAGACUGUACCUUCAGACUACAUAAACUAUAAAAGAAGCUUGAAAACAGGUCCAGCUUGCUGGAACAAAUUUACAGGCUGCUGCUCAGUCUUUAAAUGUACAGUCUAAAUCUAAUGAAGAAUCGGGGGAUUCACAGCAGCCAAGCCAGCCUUCCCAACAGCCUUCAGUGCAGGCAGCCAUCCCCCAGACACAGCUUAUGCUGGCUGGAGGACAGAUAACCGGGCUUACUUUGACACCAGCCCAGCAACAGUUACUACUACAGCAGGCCCAGGCCCAGGCCCAGCUGCUGGCUGCUGCAGUGCAGCAGCAUUCCGCCAGCCAACAGCACAGUGCUGCUGGAGCCACCAUCUCAGCCUCUGCCGCCACGCCCAUGACGCAGAUCCCUCUGUCCCAGCCCAUACAGAUCGCACAGGAUCUGCAACAGCUGCAACAGCUUCAACAGCAGAAUCUCAACCUGCAACAGUUUGUGUUGGUACAUCCAACCACCAACUUGCAACCAGCGCAGUUUAUCAUCUCACAGACGCCCCAGGGCCAGCAGGGUCUCCUGCAAGCGCAAAAUCUUUUAACGCAACUACCUCAGCAAAGCCAAGCCAACCUCCUACAGUCGCAGCCAAGCAUCACCCUCACCUCCCAGCCAGCAACCCCAACACGCACAAUAGCAGCAACCCCAAUCCAGACACUUCCACAGAGCCAGUCAACACCAAAGCGAAUUGAUACUCCCAGCUUGGACGAGCCCAGUGACCUUGAGGAGCUUGAGCAAUUUGCCAAGACCUUCAAACAAAGACGAAUCAAACUUGGAUUCACUCAGGGUGAUGUUGGGCUCGCUAUGGGUAAACUGUAUGGAAAUGACUUCAGCCAGACGACCAUCUCUCGCUUUGAAGCCUUGAACCUCAGCUUUAAGAACAUGUGCAAGUUAAAGCCGCUUUUAGAGAAGUGGCUAAAUGAUGCAGAGAAUCUCUCAUCUGAUUCUGCUCUUUCCAGCCCAAGUGCCCUGAAUUCUCCAGGGCUGGGAAUUGAGGGCUUGAACCGUAGGAGGAAGAAACGCACCAGCAUAGAGACCAACAUCCGUGUGGCCUUAGAGAAGAGUUUCUUGGAGAAUCAAAAGCCUACCUCGGAAGAGAUCACCAUGAUUGCUGAUCAGCUCAAUAUGGAAAAAGAGGUGAUCCGUGUUUGGUUUUGUAACCGCCGCCAGAAGGAAAAGAGAAUCAACCCACCGAGCAGUGGUGGGACCAGCAGCUCACCUAUCAAAGCAAUUUUCCCCAGCCCAACCUCCCUGGUGGCAACCACGCCAAGCCUUGUGACAAGCAGUGCAGCAACUACCCUCACAGUCAACCCUGUACUCCCUCUAACCAGCGCUGCAGUUACUAAUCUGUCUGUUACAGGCACUACAGACACCCCCUCCAACAACACAGCAACCGUGAUAUCCACAGCACCUCCAGCUUCUUCAGCAGUCACAUCCCCCUCUCUGAGUCCUUCCCCUUCUGCCUCCGCCUCCACCUCCGAAGCAUCCAGUGCCAGUGAGACCAGCACAACACAGACCACCUCCACUCCUUUGUCCUCCCCCCUCGGGACCAGCCAGGUGAUGGUGACAUCAGGGUUGCAAACAGCUACCCUCCAAGGAGCUGCACAGUUGCCAGCAAAUGCCAGUCUUGCUGCCAUGGCUGCUGCUGCAGGACUAAACCCAGGCCUGAUGGCACCCUCUCAGUUUGCAGCUGGAGGUGCCUUACUCAGUCUCAACCCAGGGACCCUGGGCGGUGCUCUCAGCCCAGCUCUGAUGAGCAACAGUACACUGGCAACUAUUCAAGCUCUUGCUUCUGGUGGCUCUCUUCCAAUAACGUCACUGGAUGCAACUGGGAACCUGGUAUUUGCCAAUGCAGGAGGAGCCCCCAACAUCGUGACUGCCCCUCUGUUCCUGAACCCUCAGAACCUCUCUCUGCUCACCAGCAACCCAGUUAGCUUGGUCUCUGCCGCUGCAGCCUCCGCAGGGAACUCUGGACCUGUUGCCAGCCUUCACGCCACCUCCACCUCAGCUGAGUCCAUCCAGAACUCUCUCUUCACAGUGGCCUCUGCCAGCGGGGCUGCUUCUACCACCACUACCGCCUCCAAGGCACAGUGAGCUGGGCUGCCAGCCAGGUUAAUAAACUGAAAAUGUGAUUGGCUUCCGCUCGCCAUGUUGCUGAGGGCACAGGAGAGAAGAAAAAACCACACAUACUGGGGGAGGGGGGGAUAA